AUGCGCAGCCGCUCCGUUACAGGUGUAAACUUUGCGCGGCAACUUGCCGAAUAUCGGCAAGAAAAUCAACCGCCAGCCAAAAAAUUCAAAUCCUCCGCACCUAAGGGCACAAAAUUCUCGGGAAAGUAUACGGAUCGCACGUUGCUGCGACAAAAUGAGGAGGAGGUGGAUACGGAGACCGGGAAAGAUUCUCGCGGAAAGAGAGUUGAGGCUCUGGAGGAAAUGGUUAAACUCGGCCAAAUUGAUACAGCUACGUUUGAGAAGCUUAAAAACGAAAUCGGAAUAGGAGGAGAUGUUGAAAGCACCCAUCUUGUUAAGGGCCUGGACUGGAAACUAUUGCAAAAAGUAAAAGCAGGCGAAGAUGUUGCCCCUCGUUCAGACACUGGGCCAGACGAACACCCCGAGGGUGAAGGAGAUAUCGGUGACGAAUUCGAGCGAAUUAUGGAAGAGAGAGAGAAGGAAGCGGUAGCGAUGGUGGAGAAGCAGGAAAGAGUGAAGAAAGGAAACAUGGCACCCCCGCCUGGGAGGCUGUCAAGAGAUGAAAUUCUAAAGCAAUUGAAAGCUAGUCGGGCUGCUGGGACUUCGAUAUCACUACCUCAAAAUCCACCAAUGUCGAUUCUCGGAGAUAGAUUUAAGAAAAUAGGUGCGAGUGAUCAGAGAAAACGAUGGGUUGAAACCGAUGGUCGCGGCCGACGAAGGGAAGUACUAGUCGUGACCGACUCACAAGGAAAAUCGAAGAGAAAAGUUCGUUGGUUAGACAAAGACGAUGAUAAAAAGGACCACCUCCUGACAGUAGAUAAAGAUGCACAGCCUCUGGGAAUGGAAGUUCCCGCCGAGGUCCUGAUGCGUGCCAAUGCUAUCUCAGAGCCAGAAGAAGAGGAUGACAUAUUUGAGGGCGUUGGGGCUGACUACAACCCUCUAGCAGAAAUUGAGGAUGACGAUUCAUCAUCAGACAGUGAAACAGAAUUAGCAAAAACCUCGCAGAAUAUUCCUGAGCGAGAAAUAACAGAUCAAACGACUUCGAGUAACAUAACGCAAGCAUCUGGUCCUCGAAACUAUUUUGAUACAGGCACAACUAGCGAGACGGUUAAAAGCAACCCUCCCAAUGGAUUGUCUUCCGAUCCCACCAUUCUGGCAGCGUUAAAGCACGCAGCGAAAAUUGGCCAACAAACUACCGAGCCUUCUGACGAGCAAGAUGACGGAGAAGUGGACGGAGAAGCAUUGCUACGGCGUAGGAAAUUUCUAGAAAAGAUUAGGCAGCGCGAUCAGGAGGACGCGAUGGACCUUGAUCUUGGAUUUGGAGAGAGUAGGUUUGGGGAUGAUGACGAGGAUGAAGAGCUCUGGGAUGAGCGCGGUACGGGGAAUAAGAGGAAGCGUGGCCCAAAAAAGAGGAAAGGUAAUAAGGAUAGCGCCAGCGAUGUGAUGAGCGUGUUGCAAGGGAGGAAGAAGACGGCGGAUAAGGCUUGA